AUGUCCGGCGACUUUCCUUUUGCGGCAAAAAUAGUAAGCCCUCUUAAGUGCAAUGAGAAGCCCUGGGAUAUAUGGAUUGAUGAGAUCGGACACCAGUCACCACGACGUGACGAAGAUGCAUCAGGUUUCACGUUACCGCCGGCUGUGGACGGUAAGAGCAGUGCGUCCGCCCGACGCUUGCAGGACUCUCAUCCAUACAAGGCGGCGGAAAGGACUAACACUCGGUACCGUCGAGCAGGUGUGAAUCGUCUCCGGUACGACAGCAUGAGCCUCCAUGGACUUUUUCCACAAAUGGACAAUUUAAAUGCCGCAGUGUGUCAUAUGUGUGGUGUUAUAGUGAAGUGCAGUGCAGCAUAUAGACAUUUGCUUGAGUCUCAUACAGGUGCCGAGCCCAUACUUCCGCCGCCUCCCCCUACUGUAAAGCUCAAAUCUGUUCCAAGUAGAAGUCGACAUAAAAAGGAACCUCCACCACCAGUCCCUAUAGAUAUAAAUCUACCGAAGUUGGAAAAGUCUCCUGUGCAUACUGCUCCUGCCCCUGUCCCAAGGAUAGUAAUGCCUCAACAAGAUAUGCAGUACGUAGAGGAAGCAAGCACUUCUGCUCUCACAGAGGUUCAAGUCAGUGUAGAGAGUGGAGAGUUACCAGUAGUUAGUAUACAGGACACAGAGGAAUUACCCCUCGGUGAAAACAUAACAGAUGAUAUUUUUGAAAUAAUGACCUCAGAAGGCAUACAAAGUGCAGAUGACAUCACAAAUGCCGCAGACUGGAAGAACAUAAUUAGAGAUAUAGGUAAUAUGCAAGAAAUUAAUUUUUCAUCUGCCACCGAUAAUGUACAAUCACAAGACUUAUACCCAGCAGUAGAUACAUCACUAACAGGUUACACGAUACCUGACACUGACCUAUCUAGUUUACAAUUCGCUCCUAACACAUCUCCUAUGUUGUCGACUGUGAUAGAUAAUAAUGUACUCAAUGCUCAAGCUUUAAAACCUGUUCCGACUACGCCGAAAUCAUCAUCGCGUAAAUCAAGUAAGACGAAAUUUAAUUUACGAGAAUACGAUCCGAACAAACACUGUGGAGUGGUGACCGCUGAGAAUCCCAAACCUUGCACGAGAUCUCUGACUUGUAAGGCGCACGCUCUGUCCUUGCGGCGGACAGUGGAAGGCCGAUCUAAGCCGUUCGACACUCUACUGGCGGAGCAUAGAGCAUCGAGAGAUGCCGCAGCCUCCGGGGGCACCCCUGCCCCAGUCGUGCACAACACACCAGCGCCCCCUCCUGCCACUCCUGUUAAUCUCCCACCGCUCCUAGUCAAUACGCCUCUAGACAUCGCAUUCAACGGUCUGACGGCUGAGCAGCAAGUUAACGACAUAUAUGCGAGCCUGCUGAGCGUGGAGGAUCCCGUCCUGCCCGACACCUCCAGCAUCACAUCACUUCUAAGUCAACCGUUGCCAUCCGAUCCCUUCAUGCUCCCUGACGACGCGGAAAUACCGGCAGACGUGCCACUGCUGAGUAUAGCGCCGGCCCAGCCGACGCCGCUUAUCCGUGACGAGAAGCCUGAAGGACCACCUACGCUCGUCCCCAGCGACGUGUGCUGGUACGGGUCCUGCCCGCGACCCCUUGCGCUCUGCACCUUCAACGCAUCACACGCUGGAGGCGCCAUAACUUUGGGGAAAAAGUUCGCGACUGUCCGGAGUAAUAUCAAAUCGUCCCUGACGCGUUCGACCAAACCAGGCAGCGGGAACAGUUAUUAUCAGGGCAUGUCGUUAUCGAAGACUUUGCAUAUGAACAAUGCUAAUAAAACGAACAAGCCCGAAGUGCGUAAGUUAAUAGUGACGUGUAGUGCGACGAGUGGGGGUGGGAAAGAGGUGCAACAGACGCUGAGUGAGUUGUUCGGGGGGGAGGUGCGGCAUACGUUGAACGGACACGUGGGACAUGCGGGGCACGUAGGGCAUGUGGGGCACGCGGGGCACGUGGGCGAGCGCAAGGCGCGCGCGGGGCUCAAGAGCGCCAAGCGUGCGAGUACCGCCGCGCUGGACCUGGGCUUCGCGCUCGACCCACUCCUCGCAGACGAGAAGUGC